AUGGCUACACCCACCAAAUCGCAGACCGCUUCAACUCCCAAACCUCAUCUAUCUACUCCAAACAGACUGAUGGCCUCUCCUCGACCCGGAACCUCGAGUAAUGCUAACCGCCCACUUGCCCACAAGUCUCCCGCUGUCAAAACUCCAGCUUCAGUUCACGGACAUGCCCAUCAUGUCAGUGUUUCCUCCCAACCAUCCUCUACGCCUUUGGCUGCCACCGCCAUCCACGACGACCUCCUUGCCCUUAAUUCUCCUGCUACAGCACUUAUCGCCUCGUUGGGACCGACAGGAUUGACACCCUUGGGUAGUGGUGGAGACGGGUUGGGCAUUACAACCAACCUGCCAGGAACCUCAAUUAGAGCUCCCGCUGCUCCUGUCAAUCCAGAUGCCGAAAGAUUACAUCGAGCUCAAUUUGUAGCGGACACACUCAAGACUCGGGUGGCCGGUCGUGGCAUCACACGUGAAGGAGUGGAAAGAAUAGCCCAGCUGCAAGGUUUCACCACCCUGUGGGAUGAGGGAAAUCUUACGAUCGCUGGCAACGCGGUCGACCUCGAGAUCAAUUUUGACGCCGACAACCGAGAUUACGUUAAAGAUGUCGGUCUCAAACUCAACACCCCUGGUAGCGAGGAGCACAGUGAAGAACCUCAACUACAAGAGGAAGGGACAGGGAUUCUCCGAGACAAUUUACGACCUUGGAGUGUUCUAGAUGGUACUUCACAAUGGACCAGUCUCGACACCUUUGAAUCCAACUUACAGUACCUCAGUCGGUUAGAUCACAUUGAAGGCGGGGCACCCUGUUUUGAAGCUGUUCGGGACCUAUACAAUGCUUUCCAGAAGAUCUGGAAUGCUGAGAAGGAGAGAUGGAAGAACCGACCCGUUCGACACCAUAUCAGGAACGGUGCCAUAGGCAGACCUUCAAUCGACCGAAAGCCCCGAUUAGGAUUGUCUUUGGACUACUGGGUCGGCAAACAAGAUGUCGAACAGAGAUCCGAGAGCGACACGGACGACACGAUGGACGAUUCUACCGACGUCUACGCCGCGAGGAUCUCUUGCGCGCCAGGAGCACCCUCAACAGUCCUGGCCAGACAAUGGGUAUCAGAGCAGGUCUUGAUGGCGGAAGCGCCGGCAACACUAGGCCCUGAAACUGAGCAACUCAAGCCAGACUGGCAAGACCCUGCUCAUGAUGCCGGGAACUCAGAUCGGGUCAUGAAGGGUGGAUUGGAGAUGCACUUCGAAUGUUCUCUGCGGCCAGAAGUCUAUCUCCCGCUCAACAUUGUAGCAUCCCUUAAUGUGGACUUUGCAAUGCUGGAGAUGGAUCAAGAAAUGGCCGUGACCUAUCAAAUGGCACUGCAACCACACCUGAACGUGACGAAUGUUGGUGGUGCCAAAACCAGCCGUGAGGAGAGAUGGCCGAGGUCGCUACCCACCACUACUGAUGUGGGAGACCCGCCGCGAUUUCGACAGCAUUCCUACGCCCUUCAUUCUGCUCAGCAUGCAGCCCCUCUUUGGUGUUACCCAGUCAAGCAGCUGAAAUUUACCCAUCCCAAGCAACUAGCAGCCAUGUUGCCGGUCCUCCGACAAUACGCCCUGGUCUGGCGUAUUUUGCGGAGUCUGGUGGACUAUGGGAUCGUGGAUCAAUGGAACGCGUCCACGACCUUCAAUGUGGACAAGACGAGAGCAUCCGACACCGUGGAUCGCCCCUUGAAACGUAGCAACAUGAAGCCUCUCGGCACUCAACUUGAGACUUUCUUGAAAGCGAACGGCUCGCUACCAGGUGACGAGGUUUUGCCGGUCGAUUUGAGUCUGGAUGUAAUUUCUGAUAUUUCCAAGGCCAGACUUGAUGUCUUUGUACCAUUACGAGGGUCGCUCGCAAGAGGAAUGCAAAGCCCUUUCAUUUUCUUGUCCUUGAACAUCUGUCAGGGAGGCCAAGUCGAAAUUAGGGAUUUGCGUGGUGUCCAAGCUGAUGGCGCUGACGAUUUGAAUCUACGGGCCAAGUUGGUGCGGAUUUUGACCACGACCGAAGACGUUGGUCUCACGGUGGAAUGGCUUCUAGAACAAGCUCGUGCGCGAAUUCAAUGA